CUUGCCGACCCUGUUUCGCACUACACGUGAUCCUGCCCAGAUAUAUCCAACACCAAGGUCGUCUUCCACCACGACUAUCUCCCUUUACGCCUUCCCGUCGAGCCCCAUAGACGGGCCAUAUCGCAGCGGUUAUUGCGAGGAUAGGGUACAGGUAAGAACAGCUGUCUCCGGUGCGCGAGAUUGCAGGUGGCACAGGUCCGUUUGCAAUGCCUGUCCCGCCGGCGGAUGUGUUCGGGGUGGUGUACAUUAUCGAGAAUGCUCAGCAAUUCUGGUCAGAGCUGGAAGACAUGCUCAAUGUCGCAGACGGCCUGACCCUGGAACGGCUAGACGCCACCUUGAGACGUUUCGUCUCAUUCUGCGCGGCAUAUCAUGAACAGUACCUGCAAAGCCCAUUGCAGAUGGAGCACGCAUGCGACCUCCUCAUUGCAUCAGAGCUGUUCCAGUUCCACUCACAGCGUAUGACUAGAAUUCUUUGCGAUGAUACGCUGAAGGCCACAGACCCUCAUGAGCAGCUCAUCCUCUACGGCGUCCUCCUGGCCUAUGGCAGACGGAAAGCAAGUUUCCUGCGCGAUCAGAAACGUUGGCAACCGCUGCUCCCCCUUCUCAUGGACAAUGUCCUUGUGAGCGUUGAUCCGGACGUGGAGGACACAUUCUCAGGCGCGAGUUCCGGUGGGAGUGGGUACCAGCGCGCGGUCGCAGUGCCGAUCGAAGCCAUGCUACGGACACUAUCUGUGCGCCUUCUUUAUGAAGUCUGUCGAGUGCAGAAGAUGACGAUGAAGGAUCUAGAGAACUUCAGCGACUCUUUCAUCGACUAUUUGUUCGAUCUCAUUGAGCAGACUCGGCACAUGCAGGACGAGACGUUCAAUUACUCAGUGAUCAAGUUGAUCGUUGCUUUGAACGAGCAAUUUAUGGUCGCUGCGCUACAUUCUCAUGAAGAGAAUGGGGGAGGCAAGCACAAUCACGGAGAUCACAAGACGGAGAACGACAACCGUGUGUUGCAGGUGCUAAUGGCACGGCGAGGGUCAAGCAUGACGUUCGGCGAGAACAUGAUAUUCAUGCUCAAUCGGGCUAGUCGAAGUCCGGAAGAUCUCUGCAUGCAACUGUUGGUCCUGAAGCUCCUUUACCUUUUGUUUCGAACGGAAGGCAUGUCCGAGUACUUCUACACCAACGAUCUCUGCGUCUUGGUCGACGUAUUCCUGAGAGAAAUUGGCAACAUUGAUGAAGACAACGAGUCGCUCCGACAUACGUACCUCCGGGUGCUACAUCCCCUCCUGAUGAAGACCCAACUGCGCUCCAUGCCAUACAAACGCGCCCAGAUCGUGCAUACACUCGAGUCACUCGUCGAGAACGAGUCCAUCCGGGAUAUCGACCCCACAACGAAGCGGCUCGUCCUGCGCUGCCUGUCCGGCGACUGGUGCGUCCAGUUCCGCAAGAAGUCGAGUGACACGCCCAGACGUGUCGAUAGCCCCGCGCUAUCGGUCACCUCCAUCCUCUCUGAUCCACAAAGCAUCAACUCACCCACGACCACCACGCGGCCGGACCGGUCGAACUCGAUUCGCGGGAAGAACUACAAGGGGCACCGCAGCGCGGAGAAUCUGCUCGACAUGGGCAACGGCAUGUCCCGUCGGCCGUCGGAGCAGAAGACGUCGCGCGGAGGGCACUUCGAGGGCCUGCGGCAGCCAAGCGCGGACAGCACGACGAGUCUCCCGCGGAUCGUCACCGCGUCAACCUCGGCGGCGACCUCGUCUGUGCCGAAGCCCCGACACCGCGCGGGCUCGAUGGACACGGAGGCAACUACGGCGGCGUUCUCCACGCUCACGACGCGUGAGCGGAACGACUACGCGUCGCCGACGUCCGCGCCCGCUGCACAGGCGUCGAUGGUGAUGGAGCCUGCCAGCCCGCUGUCGCCCGUGCACCCGCCGGACUCCCCUGUGUCUGUGCUCUCGUCUUCGUCGUCGUCGACGGCGUCGAAGCCGCAUCGAAGGGCGGCACCUCCGCCGCCAGCGAAACGGAGGAAACCCCCAGCGGUGCCAGUCGGGCGGGCACCGGUUGGCCACGCUUUCAGUGCGCUGGGGGCCGCGUCCUCUCAGCCCAGCUUGACUUCACUUUUGCCGCACAGACAGUGACGGUCGGUCCACUAGCUCCAGCGCAUUGCAACACAGCCCCCACGCAUUGUACUGCAUAUCA